AUGGGACGGCAGAUUGAGUAUGGAACAACUCUUGAUAGCCGCAUCGUGACUCAGCCUGAAGGCAAGGCACGAGAAUGGCGUAUCAAGAAGCAGACGGAUUGUCACGGCAACACGAUCCAAUACAACUACAUCCCUUCUCCACAGACCGAGAACACCAGAGAUGUCAACACAUCGUAUCUUGAUUCGAUCAAGUACUGUUCCAACGAUGUCACUGACUCUCCUGCGACGCGUUUUGUCCAGUUUCACUACGCUGACCGCAAGGACUUGGUCACGCAUUCCAUUGCAGGAGCUAUCAUCACCCGGGCAAACCUCCUCAGCUCUAUCUCCAUCGGCAUCAAUAUCGGCGGAGAGAUUACGGUCAACAGGACCUACUCCCUCACCUACGGUCAGUCGGCAACGACUAACGAUUCGUACCUCUCGCAGGUAGCGGAGAGCUCAGAAAAAGACGGCCAGGCCGUUAAUCUUCUCCCUACCUCGUUUUCAUACACAGCGCAGGAUACUGCACCGGGAGAUCUCUUCAAGACGGUGCCAGCGGACCCCUUCCAAGCCGAGUCCAAUGUCGUUACCUGCUUCCCCUGA